AUGAUUCCUCCAGGGGAAUGCCUAUACGCUGGGAGAAAAAGGAGGAAACCCAUUCAGAAACAAAGGCCUGCAGUCGGGAAUGAAAAAUCGAACCCUUCGAAGAGACACAGGGACCGUCUGAAUGCGGAACUGGACCAUCUGGCCAGCCUCCUGCCUUUUCCACCUGACAUUGUAUCAAAACUGGACAAACUUUCCGUCUUGCGCCUCAGUGUCAGCUAUCUCCGAGUCAAAAGUUUCUUUCAAGCCAUUCAAGAAAAGCACUUUAAGAAGCAAGUUGGCCAAACAAUAAAAGAAGACAAUAUAUCUAACAAGACUGCUGUACAAGAAGGUGGACUUCUACUAGAAUCACUGAAUGGGUUUGCGUUGGUGGUGAGUGCAGAUGGAAUGAUAUUUUAUGCGUCAUCUACAAUUGUGGACUAUCUAGGGUUUCAUCAGACUGAUGUAAUGCACCAAAACAUAUAUGAUUACAUUCACGUGGAUGAUCGCCAGGAUUUCUGUAGACAACUGCACUGGGCCAUGAAUCCUCCCCAGAUGUUGUCUGGACAGCAACUACCAACAGAAACAGGAGAAGAAUAUAUUCUCAGUAAAUUGUUUAAAGCACAAGAGAAUGACAGCAUGACAACAGAUUAUUCUUCCUUCUUAACUCGCUGUUUCAUCUGUCGAGUUCGCUGCUUGUUGGACAGUACUUCUGGAUUCCUUACAAUGCAGUUCCAAGGCAAACUAAAGUUUCUCUUUGGACAAAGGAAAAAGUCCUCAUCAGGAACAGUAUUGCCACCUCAGCUGUCCUUAUUCUGCAUAGUGGUACCACUUCUGCUCCCUUCUGUGACAGAGAUGAAGAUGAAAAGCCUACUUGUGAAAGCAAAACACAAAGCUGAUGAUGCAACAGCAGCAAACACAAACUCCAGUUCAAAAGGCAGUUCAGGGCUGUGUGAAGCAACAGAAUUGUAUGGAAGGAACAGUCACCAUGAAGGUACCACUUUCACUAAUGCAUUACAGAUUGCUGAAAACCAAAUCAAAGCAAAGAAUAAUGGAGAAAAUGGCAUUUCUCUAGUCAAAGUACAAACAAAUGAAGAUCACUGGGUCUGGGUUCAAGCUAACACUCAACUUCUGUAUCGAAGUGGUUGUUCAGAAUAUGUCCUUGCCCAACAACAAAUGUUAAAGGAAGAAGACGAACAACUGAAGAUAUUAAGUGGUUUUGCCAGUUUGAAAGGAAACCUGGAGGGUCUUUCCCGUAACAGUGCCAUUGAAACUCUGGGCCAGUGGAAGCAUCUUAACUGGACAGCAGUAAAAAAUGAACAAGAUAAUGUAAAAGUGAAGUUUGAACCUCAUACUAACGGUGAGUGUUUUAUGCAAGAGGAACCUCUCAGUUCUAACACUUCAGUUUUAGGCAUUCAAAACAACUGCACCACAAACAGCAGCUGGAAUUUAAGAAACUCUAGCUCUUGUUCUAUGAACCAGCGAAUGAACACGUGUUCAAACAGGAGAGCUGGAUCAUUCUACAACAGAGACCAAAAUUUCUUAAAUUUGGCAUCAACUUGUCCUUCCCACUGGGGAAGUGUAGAAAACAGCCCAUCUUACUCGGGUGUCCAGCAGCGCUGUGCAGAGAACUAUGUGACAGACCAUCUGAAACUGCAGAGACCAUUAAUAUCCUCAGAGUCUCUCUAUGACACAGCAGUUCCCUUGGAGAUGCCUAUCAAAAUGGAAUAUGAUUCUGAUUCUGAAAACAUUGCUGAUAACUACCUGAUGUCGCAAAACCGAGCGUGGCUGGAUGAGAAUGGCUCGGUGAGAAAGCAGGCAUAUAGCUACCCCAGUAGAGUGCACCUCAAAAUGGAACCGGACCUCUGUGAGCCAGCCUUGCCUUGUCAGAAGCCAAGGCACUGCCUUUACACGCCACACAAUUGGCAAUGCAUCGUAGCAAAUCAUCCAAACAACCUAAACUUGAACAGAUCUUGCAAGGGUUCACGUAACAAGGAGGUGGCCCCAUUUUGCCCUCAGAACUCCUCCAUGUGUCUGGAAAGCAUGCCCGACUUGCCACACGCAGCUUGCUAUGGCCAUUUCUACAGCCCCAGCCCAGGGGAGGAGAAAGAGCAGAAUAAUGAGGUGUUCAAAAUGCCGUGUGAAUUUAAAAACCCUUGCUUGGUUCAAGCAAUCAAGCGUGAGCCCCUGGAUUCUCCACCGUUGUCUAACAGUGGACAGAACAGAGUACAUGUGAGCUUCCCUGAAAAUACAUUAGCAGGUCCUGUGCCUCAUAAAACCACUGAAUGUACAUUUUUGCAAUAG